AUAAAAAAAGAAUCAUCUAUCGCUAUGCUUAAAUUUAAAAAUUCUAAUAUUGUAUUACCAAGUUGUUAUACUCUUGAAGGGCGUAUACUAAACAAUGCUACUAAAGAACUUCAUUCAGAAUUAACUAUAAAAGCAAAUAAUAAUCAAAUGGUUAAUAUAAUACCUAAAAUUAUAACAUUACUUGAAGAUUUACAAUCUAAACAAAUUAAAGUUGCUGCUAUAAUUUCAGAUUCUGCGUCAGCUUAUGCAGUAGCAAGUUUUUAUAAAGCACUUGGUAGUUUUUUACGUUCAAAAGCAUCUUUAAUUUCUUUAGCUGCAAAAUAUGUAUCUCCUGAAGAUGAUAAUCUAACUUUACCUAGUAAUAUUUGUGAACCAAUUGGUGAUAAUAAUUGGUGGAAUACAAUAUCAGAGUUACAUAUUUUACUUGCACCUUUAAGUCUUUGUCUAAAUCAGCUUCAAACUGAUACAGCUCGUCUUUAUGAAGAACAACCUUUAUUAAUUCUUAGUUAUUUACUUCAUUCUGAUAUUCACCUUACUCGAUUUAAUUUACCAAUUGAUGACUAUCGAGAUGAAGUAUUCCCUUUUUCAAAAAAUGAAUGGAAUCAAUUUGAGGGAGAUAUUUUAAAAUAUUGGAAAUACUGUGCUGAAAUUUGUUAUGAGCUUUCUUCAGUAGCAUUAAGGCUUCAUGGUAUACUUAUUAAUAGUGUAUCUGUUGAGAGGUUAUUUUCAUCUAUAGGUUUUUUUCAUACUAAAGAAAGAAAUCGAUUAAGUCUAGAAAAAGUUUUUAAUAUGAGUAAAUUGCGUGCUUCAAUGCUUUAUAAAAAUAGAAUUGAAAAAAUUAAAAAUAAUAUAAAUUUUAUAAAUUCUAAUUUUGCACCUCCCAUAACUAAGAGCCUAGAACUAGAUGAUAAUGUUGAAUUAUCUAAUAAAGCAAAUGAGGAAGAAGAUAUGAGCCAACUUUAUGAAGAUGAAGAUGAGUUAGACAUAGCUGAUUCUACUACAAAUUUAGUUGUACAAAAUACAACUUAUCCAGCUGAUAAUAAAUUAGCUAAGUGGAAGUUAGAAGGUUUGUUUGUAUCAGAUUUUGUUGUACCACAUUAUAUCAUAGAGGCUAAAACACGAGAAGUAUUAAGAAAACAAAAAAAGAUAGAGUUUAUUAGAAAUGAGAGUACAGCUGAAAAAGAGAAUAGGACUAAAACAGAAGAUAGUUAUGAAGAUUCAAUAAAUAGUAUUAGCGAAGAAUUUAUGGAAGAGGAUUA